UUUUUUCAGGAAGGAAGAAUUUUUGGACUUUAUUCAUGUAGUCUGAGUUUAAACAUGAGUACAGAAAAUAUAUAUUAUACCCCUGGAAAAGAAUAUUCCAUCUGGCCAACUUACAUUUUGGAAGAAUGUGCAGGCUUUAUGGUAUAUCCCAUAACAGUUUUAAUGAUAGUGAUACUGUUAUAUUAUCCACUUAUUUUUGCAUUUUCUUGGUUCUAUACCACUAGUCUAAUAUAUUAUGUGUGGAAAAAAAUUGGUAAUUUGCCAGAAGAUACAAAUAGCAAACAAUGGGAUGUGCCAAGGAAAAUUUACUCACUGAUAACAGAUUUGUAUGGAAAGAUACUACACAGUUAUGAGAUUUCUGGAUUAGAAAAUUUAUCCAAAGGACCAGCGAUUCUUGUCUAUUAUCAUGGAGCCUUUCCAAUUGACUAUCACUGUUUUGUAGCAAGAUUGUAUAGACUCACUGGGAAACACUGCUAUUCUGUGAUAGAUAAUAUUUUCUCACUUUUACCAGGACUAAAACAAUUCAUUUCUGUUCAUCACUGUGAUUGUUCUACAAGAGAAAGGUGUAUAAACAUUCUGAAACAAGGGCACUUACUUGGAAUUGCACCAGGAGGACUACGAGAGCAAAACUAUGGAAAUAACCUGUAUAAAAUAAUAUGGAGAAAACGUAAAGGAUUUGCACAUAUAGCUAUAGAUGCCAAAGUGGUAAGCCAUUUGUCUUCAUUUCUUUUUUCUUGUUAAUUU